UAAGACACCCCCGGAAUUGUUUUGGGUUUAAGAACAUAGAGGACUGGGGGAGGGUUUAAGGACUAGCGGGUAUAUUCAUCUUCAUCAUAUCAACCAAACCAGCUCAUAUAUUAUUAAAUCAUAUCUCUAAAGCUGGCGUUGGUAUGUAUAAUGGGCUAGCCAUAUGUAUAUGCUUGCAAAACCCAGCACUAUCCAUGCCUGAGAGCUGAGGCCUUCUUUCUAAUAUAUAUAUUGAAGCCUGCAGCAUACGCAUUAAUAUUCACAACCCAAACCCCAGAAGUGAGUUUGCAGUUUCAAAGCGGACUAGUCCUGAAAAGUUGAGGGCGCUAGCUACUUCCUUCCAUCCAUCGCAUAUACUACCUACUCUGCCCGAUCCAUCCAUGGCCGUGGCUCAAGGCAAAUGGGUCAAGCUUGAUGAACAUGGUACUGGGCCCGGAGCCAGAAGCUCACAUGCCAUUGCCAUAGUUGGACAAAAGGCCUAUGUUUUUGGUGGUGAAUUCAAGCCACGUGUCCCGGUCGACAACAAGCUCCACGUCUUUGAUCUUGAAACCCUAACGUGGUCUGUUGCAGAGUGCACGGGGGAUGUCCCACCACCACGUGUCGGUGUCACAAUGGCAGCUGUUAGAAAAACUAUCUAUGUGUUUGGUGGUAGGGACAGUGAACAUAACGAGCUGAAUGAGCUCUACUCCUUUGACACCUGCAAAAAUAAGUGGACACUACUCUCUAGCGGAGACAUCGGCCCCACUCACCGAAGCUACCACUCUACGACGGCCGAUGAUCGACAUGUAUACAUCUUUGGUGGCUGUGGGGUGGCCGGUCGACUUAAAGACCUAUGGGCAUAUGAUACUGUUGAUCAAAAGUGGGUCAAAUAUCCGGCCCCAGGAGACGGAUUCAAGGGUAGAGGUGGGCCUGGGCUGGCCGUGGCCCAAGGAAAAAUAUGGGUUGUGUAUGGUUUUGCUGGAGUGGAAAUGGAUGACGUACACUACUUUGAUCCAGUACGUGGAGAAUGGGCCCAAGUCGAGACAACUGGUGAAAAACCUACGGCUCGCAGUGUAUUUUCAACAGUCGGGAUUGGAAAAUACAUAUUUAUAUAUGGUGGGGAAGUAGACCCUAGUGACCAAGGCCACAUGGGUGCCGGUAAAUUUGCUGGCGAGGUUUAUGCAUUGGACACAGAGACAUUAGUGUGGAAACGAUGGGAUGAUGGACCGAAAUCGGGUGAUCAUCCUGGGCCUCGCGGUUGGUGUGCGUUCGCAACUGGUCACCGGGAUGGAAAGGAGGGACUUUUGGUGUAUGGUGGCAAUUCACCAAGCAAUGAUAGGCUUGGUGAUCUUUUCUUUUUCACUCCUUGAUAGUCAUGAGGUGAUUAAAGAAAAAAUGGUAAUCAUAUGUAAUGGGAUAAAUAAUUUCACUAUUACGAUCAUGAUCUGGCCGUGGUUAAUUAUGAUAAGGUCAUGGGGGACUAAGAAUGUGUGGUUAUAUAUAUAUAUAUAUAGCUACCUAGGAGUGACUCUUGUAUGGCGUAUGUUUCCAAUAAAACCAGACGUAUUUGGUGUU